GGAAUACCGUGCUCUCGUCUUGCGCUUGCGAGUAGCGCAAAUGGUCUCCGUUAGAGCGAGAAAGAGGGUCUGAAAAUGGGGUCGUCCACAACCUGUGGAUCGCUCGCCCUUCGCUAGGUCCUGACAUUACUCUUCUUAUAUACGGGCGGGCUUGGCUUUUUCCAGGUUUAAAAGGUUGAGUGCCUUUUAUUUUUAAUUAGCGACUUAGUAGAAUCUAAAAUAUUUCUGGAAUAAUUUUUUUUUUUGAAUGUCGGCUGUUUUGGUUUAAUAUUUGUACACAUGAUAAUGGAAAACCGAGCUAGUGAUGAUACACCAAUGGAACUUGAUAUUAGUAAAGAAGAUUACGAAUCUUGGGAAAAAUCAAAACUUUUCUCAAAUCCUCGCCCUAAAAUUCUUUCUUUAGAUAGUGAAGGCUCUAUUAUAAACAAUGAUACACAAGUUAAUUCUAAUAAGCAAGUGUUGGAAACAAGGGAUAGACCCUCUCUUUUAUCAAAAAUUUCUUCUUUGAACUUAGGUGAGCCAUCAAAACUCAAUGUAAACAUUGAUGACUCUGGGAAAAUUGUAAAAAAUAAGGGUAAAGCUAAGAUCUUGUCCAUUCCCUUUCAAAGUCAUACGCCAAGCCCGUCUGUGUCUUCAAAAACUAUUAGUAGACUACCGCUUCAAUCUGUUAAUUAUUUAACUCCUAAACCAAAGAGAUCGCCCAAAAUUUAUCGCCCUUCAAGCUGUAGGACUAGUAUACAGUUCUUGCCGAGAAAUUAUUACAUUACCCAAGAAUUUUUAAAGAAAAGGGGGGCCUAUAGUAAUAGUAAAACUUGCAAUUCCAGUUGUAAUGAGUGUCACACAAGUAAAAAUGAUUCUUCUGUCAACUUUAAUUUAUUUCGGCCUUACGCUCCUUUUUUAUUGCUUGGUUAUCUUCAGGUCCUUUUCAGCGCAUUUUUAAUUGGUUUGUUGAUUUUCUUACUAGUUCAACUGGUUCUUGUUAUAAAGUCUGACAUCGAGAGUAAAGUUCAAGAACAAGCUCGGAUUGUAAUGGACGAGAUAAGUGACUGUUUGCGCCAUUACCGCGCUAACCGAUGCAACGUGGAGGAUCGCCUUCCUGGGCUUCAGCAGGCGUGUACAGAGUGGGAGCGCUGCAUGAAUCGGGAUCCGGGAAUUGUUGCGAGGGGGCGCGUUUCCUUUGAGACGCUGGGAAGCACCAUUAAUAGCUUUAUAGAACCGCUUUCUUAUAAAUCAAUGUUUUUCGGUGUUUUGAUAGUUGUUGGAAUGGUUAUGACCAACUUUCUUCUGACAUUUAUAAGAAAUUCCUCAAAGCCACUGGAACGGUCAACUGCCUUGCAAAAUACCCAGAAGGAUUCCGCUGAUAUAAUAGCCUUGAAUCCUGUUGAUUCAGUUAAUCUUCAAACCGUUUAUAAUAAAAAUUAGCGCUGUUCAAA